GACGAGGGAGCAUGCGGACCUAUUGGGAGAGAGAGGGGUAGUUCAGUCCCGCUAUGGUCUUAGCAGCAGCGUCUCAGAGAGUAGUACCAGAUUACUGUGUUGUGCAGUAAUAGGCACCACAUAGCUAAAACCGCCAGCGGAACAAAUGAAAACUACGCUUUCAUGUGGAUUAAUUCUGGGGUGAGACAAUCAGUCGACGCGAGAAGCUUUCUAAGGGAAACAGGACCGACUGACAAGGACUGAGGCAUUAGCUGCUGUACGAUAACACCGCCGAAUGGUUUCUCUUGCUUAUCCGCUAAGGUUUCUGGCUAAAAGAAACAGCCAGUAAUGCACAUCUGCUCUGCAACCACACCCACUUCCUGCCUCUAGAGGAAGCGGCUGUGCCAGCAUGUCCUCCCAUCCCCAGUCUGUGCCGCCGGGCCGGAGGACUGGGCUGGACACACGGCAUCUGCCAAACCCUGCCACUCUACCACUACAGUUACAGCGGGCACACACGGAAGUGGGACUAGUUGACUACCACUCUCAUCAUGCCAGAGACUACAGUUCCCACCUAGCCCAGCCACAUCGCCGUCGGCCUUCCUUGCUCUCAGAGUUUCAACCUGGGAAUGAGAGAGGACAAGAGCAGCAUAUCCGCUAUGAGCACAUCUAUUUACCAGAUCCCAGCAGCCAAUCAGAGGCGGAGUAUGCAGAGAUCAAACGUCCUCGUUUAGACAUGGGACCAGAGUCUCUGAUGAGGCCCUCCUCCCACCGGACAGCAGUGCCUCUAGGAGGGGCUGAAGAUAUGACAAAGGAGCGUGGGAGUACCAUGGGCAAGAUAGAGCCCAUCUCCCCGGUGAGCCCGGACCAUAUGGACCCCGACUUGGAUCUGGUGCCGGCUCGCUUCUCCAAGGAGGAGCUGAUCCAGAACAUGGACCGUGUGGACAGGGAGAUCACCAUGGUGGAGCAGCAGAUCUGCAAGCUUCGCAAGAAACAGCAACAGCUGGAGCAGGAGGCUGCAAAGCCGCAUGAGCCAGAGCAACCCAUCUCCCCACCACCCAGUGAAGCCAAGCACCGCAGCCUGGUGCAGAUCAUCUAUGAUGAGAACAGGAAAAAGGCAGAAGAGGCUCACAGGAUAUUGGAGGGGCUUGGACCCAGGGUAGAACUGCCUCUGUACAAUCAACCUUCUGAUACCAAGCAGUACCAUGAGAACAUCAAAAUAAACCAGGCAAUGAGGAAGAAGCUCAUUUUGUACUUCAAGAGGAGAAAUCAUGCUCGGAAGCAGUGGGAGCAGAAAUUUUGCCAGCGCUAUGACCAGCUGAUGGAAGCCUGGGAGAAGAAGGUUGAGCGCAUUGAAAAUAACCCGCGGCGCAGGGCCAAGGAGAGCAAGGUGCGGGAGUACUACGAGAAACAGUUCCCAGAGAUCCGCAAACAAAGAGAGCUGCAGGAGCGCAUGCAGAGCCGUGUCGGGCAGCGAGGAGGAGGGCUGACUUCGUCUGCAGCUCGCAGUGAACACGAGAUCUCUGAAAUUAUUGAUGGAUUAUCAGAGCAUGAGAACACAGAGAAACAAAUGCGGCAGCUGGCAGUCAUCCCUCCUAUGCUGUUUGACGCUGAGCAGCAACGCAUAAAGUUCAUCAAUAUGAAUGGACUGAUGGAUGACCCUAUGAAGGUGUACAGGGAUCGGCAGGUUAUGAACAUGUGGAGCGAGCAGGAGAAGGACACGUUCAGAGAAAAGUUCAUCCAGCACCCCAAAAACUUUGGUCUGAUUGCAUCUUUUCUGGACAGAAAGACUGUGGCUGAGUGUGUGCUCUUUUACUACCUGACCAAAAAGAAUGAAAACUACAAGAACAUAGUGCGGAGGAACUACAGACGCCGUGGAAGAAGCCAGCAUAGCCAGCAGCAGCAACAGCAGCAGCAACAGCAAGUGAGCCGCAGCAGCCAGGAAGACAAGGAGAAGGAGGAGAAAGAGAAGGAGGGAGAGAGGGAUGAAGAAAAAAAUGAAGCUGAAGACAAGGAAGAUGGAAUGAAGGACGACACCUCUGGAGAAGAUGCAGAGGACAAAGAGCCCACUGUGGCUUUCAAGGGCCGACGCACAGCCAACAGCCAGGGGCGUCGCAAGGGCCGCAUCACCCGCUCUAUGACCACUGAAGUGGAGGAGACCACCACACCGCCCCUCAACAAUGAACUCGCCAAUCUGGAGAUGAAUGAGAGCUCUCGCUGGACUGAAGAAGAAAUGGAAACUGCCAAGAAAGGCCUUCUCCAGUAUGGUAGGAAUUGGUCCGCGAUCGCCAAGAUGGUGGGAUCAAAAACCGUGUCACAGUGCAAAAACUUUUACUUCAACUACAAGAAGAGGCAGAAACUGGAUGAGAUACUGCAGCAGCAUAAAAUGAAAUCAGAGAAGGAGCGAAAGGCUCGUCGUAGGGGCAAAUCCCUACAGAAUGAAGAGGCGAGUACCCCAUAUCCACCAGAGGAGGAGGAGAUGGAGGGUUCAGGAGCAAGUGGCAAUGAAGACGAGGCCCCCGAGGAUGGAGAAGGUGGAGCCAACAACAGCUCUGACACAGAGAGCUUGCCCUCACCGCACUCAUCUGAAGACAACAAGGCUAAGGAGGAAGGCUCAAACAGGUCAAAAGCCAACUCCAGCACUAACUCCAGCACUAACUCCAGCACUAACUCCAGCACUAACUCCAGCACUGGGGACAAGGAUGCAGCUGGGUCGGACACGGGCCAGGCGAGGGAUGAGAAACCUCCAGUCAAAGAAGAUGCUGACUCUACCAUCAAGCAAGAGAUAAAGACUGAGACAGGGGAACUCAACAAAGAGCAGCUGCAGCCAACACCACCCAGUGAUGCCACUGAUAAAAAACCUCCCACAACAGAGAUGGAUGAAGUCAAAAGCUCCACCAAGAGUUCCAAGAAGGACCAUGGGACCAAAACAGGCUCCCAUGGAGACAGUGACUCUAGUGCCACUUGCAGCGCUGAUGAAGUGGAGGAGACAGACAACACAGAUAAGAACAGAAUGGCGUCUCCACGGCCAAGCCUACUGAACUACUCUCAUGAUGGGGUCAUGUCCUCCCCACUGCAGAAACCCAUGGACCUGAAACAGCUCAAACAGAGGGCUGCUGCUAUACCACCUAUUAUGCCAGAGGCCUCCAUACAGGGCAGUCAGUGGAGUGGGGGAGGCAAGGCAGUGCUCCCCCCCCAUGCCCUGGCACUGUACCAGCAACAGAUUACCAUGGCUCAUGGGGAGUCCUCUCAGGAGGUCAAACAGCAGCAACAGCUUUCCAGCCACCCGGGCCAACAGCAGCCAUACACCCCACAGGCCGACAGAGACAGGGAGAAUCUCCACAGCAGCAGCCCUCGUGUUUGCUCACACAGCCCCUCCACUAGUGACAAGGAUGAGCUGGAAGGCAACGAGAGGUGGUUACUGACCCUCCUGCAGGGAUUAAAAAAGUCCCGGGCUUUCUCUCCACAUGGUGAAGCCAAGAAGCAGACACUGGGCCCAGAUGACCUGAGGACCUCGAACUUGGGUUGCCCAGUUCUCUCCCCCAUGUCUCCACGCGACAUGGCCAAGAUCAGUCACGACCAGCACUUGGUCCACUUCAGCUCCUACCAGCAAGGAAGCCACUCCUCACUUCCCUGUCUGCCACAGGACAGUAGGCUAGCAGCAGUGAGGCCCCUCACAAUGCCAGAGCCACCACCUCUCAUUUCCUCCUCUAAGCCAGGGGGCUCCAUCACACAGGGCACUCCGGUGCAGUUGCACAGCCCAGCUCAUGGUUUGGACCAUGGGAAGAUGGCCCCCACACAGAUGGGACUGUCUUGGAUGGAUCAGCGGAAAGUUGCAGGUCCUUUCCCCAUGGUGAAGCAGGAACAGUUGUCCCCCCACAGCUCAUCCUCCCAAGCUGACAGCCUGUCGACGCAGGGGACACCUCUUGAUGGCACUACUGGACGUGCUUCGAUUCCAGCUGUUCAGGGUGGUAGUAUCACUAAGGGCAUCCCUGGGACCAGAAUGCAUCCAGAUUCCUCAGUCUCUUACCGAGGGGGCUCCAUUACUCAGGGUACACCGGCUGAUGUGCUGUAUAAGGGAACCAUAACCCGUCUGAUCACAGAGGAUGGUGCUAGCCGAGCUGACAGAGAGCGUGAUGAGGUGCUGUCUAAAGGGCACCUAGUCUUUGAAGGCAGCAGUGGGCACAUUCUCACAUUUGAUCGCACUGCUUCUCAGACCCCUAAAGAUGAGGGCAGAGGCCCUGGGCAGCCUAGUGAGAUUCUGGGCCUGAAACGUCCUUAUGAUGCUAUGGAGGGAGGCAUCUCUAGAGGACUGCCUAUGAGGGAAUCACUGUCUACUGCCAACUGUGAAGGUCUGAUUGGUCGAGCCAUGCCUCAUGAUAGGGACAGUCCACACCACACACCUUACAAGGAUGCUCACCACAUCCGAGGUUCCAUCUCACAAGGUAUACCUCGUCAUCUGGACCCUCAGGAUGGAUACCUGAGGAGGGAAGCUAAGCAGAUGAAGAGAGACAUCUCCCCGCCGCGUGGGUCUAGUUCGCUGUCUGACCCAGUGAAGGGCAGAGAGACCAUGGUCCCCACGGUGAAGGAGGCUGGACGGUCCAUCCACCUCAUUCCCAGAGAGGAGCUAAGACAGCCUGCCAAGGAGGGCAUCAUAACACAGGGAGCACCCAUGAAGCAGGAUGCAGCUGGUUCAGGGAAACGUCAUGAUGUCCGCUCCAUCAUAGCCAGUUCACCACGUUCCUACCACAACCCACCCUCCCAACUGGAGAUGCGUGCUGAGAGGGGCCGCUAUGAAGAGGCACCAAAAGGGCGCCCCAGUGCAGUGCUCAGUUCGGCAAGCCCCAUAGCCCGCUCUUCUCCCCUUACCCCGGGGUCAGAGCAGGUAGGCAAGGCUCAUCAUAGCCCAGUGGGCUACGAGGACAAAGGCACGUUAAGAACCCCUUACCCUGGACCCCACCAUCGUGGCUCCCCUCUCUCCAGGGAGGGAAACCAAAGGCAGCAUGAUGGCUCCAGUAAGAAUCCGUCUCAGGAGCGCAGAGCCACACCAACCCCCAGGGAGACGAGUGCCACCAAAUCACCACUCCCUGGUGUCCCUGAUCCACAGACCUAUGAGCGUCUACUGCAGGGUCCUGGACCUGCAGAAGUAUACCAUCAAAUUCCCUUAGCCUUUGAUCCUACAGCACUGCCCCGUGGCAUCCCUAUUGACCCAGCAGCCUACUACUUGCCUCGCCACCUAGUCCCCAACCCAGCGUACCCCCAUGCCUACCCCUACAUCCUCCGUGGCUUUCCUGACACUGCAGCGCUGGAGAACCGCCAGACGUUGCUCAACGACUACAUCACCUCCCAGCAGAUGCACCAGUGGCCUGCAGCUGCUGCCAUGGCCCAGCGUUCAGAUCUGUUGAGGGGCCUGACUCCGCGAGAUCAGCCCCUUCCUCUGCCUUACUCUGCAGCCUCACGUGGGAUCAUCGAUCUUUCUCAAGUGCCGCACUUACCAGUCCUGGUCCCUUCGUCUGCAGGGACAGGCGGCUCCCCCAUGGAUCGCAUCACCUAUAUCCCCGGGGGCGCUACUUUCUCCGGCAGGCCUUACACCACCUCGCCCAUCUCACCUGUUGGCUCGUCACACAUAAAUAAGAUGCAAAGCGCAUCAUCAUUUUCAGAGCGAGAACGGGAGAGGGACCGAGAGAGAGACAGAGAACGAGAGAGAGAAAGGGAGCGUGAACGGGACCGUGAACGGGACCGUGAACGGGACCGUGAACGGGACCGUGAACGGGACCGUGAACGGGACCGGGACAGAGAGAGAGACCGAGAGCGUGAUAGAGAAAAGGGUGGGUCUCUUGGAAAUGUAGAGCACGCCCCCAUCUGGCGACCAGGUACAGAGCACAGUUUGGCAAGCAGCAGUAGUAGUGUGAGACCUGCUUCCCAACCAUAUAGCCACCAACACUCCCCAGUGUCACCUCGCAACCAGGAGAAUGUGCAGCAGAGGCCGAGUGUCCUGCACAACACUGGGGGCAAGAGUCUUUCUGUCAACGAACAUUCUAGCUCAUCUGUGUUACGGUCCAUGCCCACAGGGCCAGCCCGCUACCAGGGUUACCCCGGCCACCUCCAAAAGACAGGGGUGCCUGCUGAGGCCUACCCACCUGCCAUGGACUCAAGUAUAGCCAAAGAGCAGAGUCGUGAUGGAGGCAAAAACAGGGGCAGUCUACUCAAGGACCAGCAUGGAUCCUCCAGCAAAUCUGACCCUAAGCUGUCCAGCCCCAGUAUAGGAGGACUGUACCCAGGCUCCUAUCCCUCAGCUUCAAGCUGGCCCCAACACCUGCUGCCUCCCCAGUCGGAUAAUGCUCAGGGCUGUGGAGAAAGCAGUACACCUAGUAGGGAAAAGACUCAAAACAAACCGAUGUCCAUUCAGGAACAAGAACUCCGAGCACUCGUCUCAGCUCAACAGAAGAUGGAGCCACUCAGUCUGUACCGUCCUCCGUCUGAGGAGAGACUGUCUCCAGGCCAACAGCCGCCUUCCCCCUGUGUUAAAGGCAGCCAGAGGGUGGUCACUCUGGCACAACACAUCAGUGAGGUGAUAACUAAAGACUACACCAGGCAGAACCAGCAGCAGCAGCAACAAAGCUACCGUGGCUCUCCUGUCCUGGACUUGACCCGUCCACCCAGUGCCUCCCAGCCCCCACCCACAUCACAGGAGUCUGCCCAAGGGCCCCGAUAUCCAGAGGGCCUUGGUGGAGAAUGCAGCAGAGACCGGUCUCCUCAGCCCAAAACAUCACCUGUCAGUGUCUCAAAUGAUGGCAUUGAACCAGUGUCUCCUGCUGGAGCCAACUCGGAGCCUGAAGACCUGGGAGGGGACUUCUACCCCAACGAGCAGGGAGAGCAAGGAAUGGGCUCCCAUUCUCCCCUGAAUCCCUCCCAGCCUCCAGCUUUCUUCAGCAAGCUGACAGAGAGCACCUCAGCUAUAGUGAAGUCAAAGAAACAGGAGAUGAUCAAGAAGAUGACUGUGGUGGGAACCGAUGCUGAUUUCAAUGCUGGGCAGCCAGGGACAGAGAUCUUCAAUAUGCCAGUGUCUACAACUGCAGGACCUGUGAACGUCCGCACCCACCCAGCUCCAGAGACUCCAGGUAACUCGAUAGGCCUGGAGGCCAUUAUAAGAAAGGCCUUAAUGGGCAAAUAUCACGAUCAGUCUGAGGAACGCUCUCCAUCCAAUGCUGCUACCCCGAUGGGUUCCAGUGUGUCCACUGGUAUGCCUGUAGCUGACGGACGUGCCGAAGACUGUUUCUUACAAGGUGGGGGAAAGUCCUCAAAGGGCAUUGGCCGCUCUAAUGGACGCAAGGCCAAGUCUCCAGGACCAGGCCUGUCAGGGGGAGAGAGACCGUCCUCUGUGUCUUCAGUCCACUCAGAGGGAGACUGCAACAGACGGACUCCUCUGACCAACCGUGUGUGGGAGGAACGACCUUCAUCUACAGGUUCAACACCAACUCCCUUUCCAUAUAACCCGUUGAUAAUGCGCUACCCCAGUGGACCGGUGUCUACUCACUCUCCCUCCCCCGGCCAGCCGGGGGGCCAGGCCCUGGGGUCAGCACCUGGUCAGGGCCGCUCUUGGGAGGAUGAGCCAAAGCCUCUGCUCAUGUCUCAGUAUGAGACCCUGUCUGACAGCGAGUGACCCGAAAUGCCACCGUGUAACAGGACCCUCUUAACAGUCAACACCUUCAGUGCUGCUGCAGCCAAACACACACAUACACACACCUGCUGAGGCAUCUGCAAAGCUACCCACACCAUUCCACUCUGCAUUUCCUCCAUCAGUACUCAAGCAAGGGUCGUGUUGACACCAAGCAUCGAUGAGCUUGAAUACUGCUGCUCCGUGUGUGCCUGUGUGUAUGUUUGCGCUUAUGUGUUAUGCAUUCACUCCAGGAGUACUCUAAAGGACAAAUCACUUAAAAAAAAAAUAAAUAAAUAAAAAAAUAACUUUACUACUUUUCCUCACUGGCCUUAUCAAUACAGACACAUUGACCUGCACCUUUUGGGUGAAUCACUCUAAUGUGCUGACACUCGUAUGGAAGGGACUCUGAGGUUGUAUCGUUGCUCUGGUCAGGAGCCUGACGACGGCUGCUCUAGUGACAGAUAUUGACUGCAGAUCUGACCUGAGUUCGGCAACUUACAGCGAGGACCGUCUCACAUUUGUUCACGGUGAACUCCAGGUGCCGGCGGCCUGUGCACUGCUACCACUACAAGAAUACGUAUGAUGAGAAUGGAGGAGAAUCAGCAUCCUGUUUUUCUUGUUUUGGUUCUUUCUUUUUCUCCUUUGACUUCAGUCAGUCCAGUCCUGUGUUUGGAACGUGAGCUGAGACCUUUAGUACAUUUUGAUGGUGAACUUUUGAUGGUGUCAUUUAUUGUCUCUUAUCUGAAUGAUGUAUCUUUUUUCGGGGGACGGGUGUGGGAGACAGAGAUUGUUAUGUGAGAGGGUCAUAUCAUUGGUUUACAGGGUAAGCAUGCUGUUCAUUGCUGAUAUCAUAUUUUAGGGAGGGUCCUGGAGAACGGCGAAGGCCUACUGACUUCAGGCAUCUGCGUGCAAAGAGAUGACUUGCCAGAUGGAUGGCACUGAGACAAGUGACACUUUCUCACUGUGUUGAUAUUAACCAUGUCUGUGUUUGUUGAAACAGUUUUUGGGUAUUAAGCACUUAGUUGUCAGUCUGUUCACAAUGGCAUCUUUUAGAAUCUCUGUUUCCUGGGGCAGGUGAAAAUUGGACUCAAGAGCAUCAUACUGUGGAGGUAUCCUUUAACACCUGUUUAUUUCCACACUCAAAGUGACAAUCAAAUGACGACUAAGCCGCUUCGAGCAGGUGCAGACUGACCGCAAAGCUGCUUAAAGGCAAAUUCCUCUGCAUCACUCAGAGUUUGCUUCCGUUGUGACAAAAAAAACACAAAAAGCCAUCUUUCUAUGAGCCUUGGUCCAUGGCAGUGUCCGCUUCAGCUGGCCUGCAAGAAUCCCUUCUAAGAGCUGUUGUGAUGGUCUGACCUCUGACCUUUUAUUACCCAGAGGAGGAGCUGAGACUCAACUCCUCAUCCAGGCCGAUUUUGUACAGUUAUGAGAUAUUCCUAGUGUUAAGUGCCAUUUAUUUUACAUAUUGUAUACUGUACUGAAGUUACCAAGUGACCCACAAUUUUUCUUUUAGUCCCCCCAUGCCAGGCUUUAUACUGUCCACACAGGGACAUCUGAAAACAAAAGCAAGUUAAACAUCUUUUUUUCCACCAAAUCCAUCACAGCCUUAGCUUUUAACAGUUUCACUCAUGUAUCUUGUAAACAAGACAAUGCUGUAUCACAGGACAGCUUACCUGGGCUUACAUCAAGAGCUGUAUGUCGUAGUAGGAGACGUAUUGUGUACUUCCAUCACCUCCUGCAUUUGUACAGGCUAGAAGAAGUCAAAGGGAAGGCAUUUGAAAGCAUUGUGGUAGUUUUAUGUGACAUUAGUUGACUUUUUUUUUUUUUAAGUAUUUUAAAGGUCAGCCUUCUUUAAAUGAUGUGAAAUGUUUCCAGCAUGUGACCUUCUGAGUGACCAGGGACAUUUUCUGUUCUUGGACUGAACGCUGAAAUGAUGGCAGUGACCUGUUUAGUUGUCUAGACGAGCUCAACGCUAUCUGUAGUUUAUUUUUGUCACAACACAAACAAGACUGUUACAGGACUACCUCCUCUCCCUCCUUCAUGCUACCUGUUGAUGGUGAGGCGUCCUGCAUGCCACACCUGCAGAAAGCUCAUCUCAGCAGUGUUUUAGCUCUUAUUCUGUCCAGACUGAUGAAGGGUUUGUAAUUUCAUCAGGCAAGGCAAAACUAUAACCAGGCUAUGUACAUUGGUCUCAUUGUAUGUCUAUCAUGUAUUCACUGAUGAAAUAGAAGAAUGUGACGGUCAACAGCCAUAUCCA